CUGUUAAGACGUUGCCGGCUGCACAUAAGCCCUCACUUUGACUUCCAAGAACAAUUGAGUAAGAUCGCUGAUUCUGUUGGGGCACAAUGAGACUUGUACUUCCUAACCCGGGUCUGGAUGAUAGGAUCCCUUCCUUUGAAGAUCUGAAGAGAAUGGACAAGGAGGAAGGAGAAGACAGGCCCAAGUGGGACAACAAAGCCCAGUACAUCCUAACCUGUGUGGGCUUUUGCGUUGGAAUUGGCAAUGUCUGGCGAUUUCCUUACCUGUGUCAAAGUCAUGGAGGAGGUGCUUUUUUGAUUCCAUACUUGAUCCUGCUGGUGCUGGAAGGAAUGCCUCUCCUCCUGCUAGAGUUUGCCAUUGGCCAGCGACUCAGAAAAGGCAGUGUGGGAGUUUGGAGGGCCAUCAAUCCCCAUUUGACUGGUAUAGGUAUAGCCUCCAUGCUGGUGUCGUUAUUGAUUGGACUGUACUACAACACCUUAAUAGCCUGGAUCAUGUGGUAUCUCUUCAAUUCCUUUCAAAGCCCGCUGCCCUGGUCCCAGUGCCCCCUCAAUGACAAUGGGACAGGCUUUGUACCAGAAUGUCAACGUAGCUCAACUACAGAUUACUACUUUUACAGAGUAACUCUAAAUAGUUCGACCUCUAUAGUUGAAUCUGGUGGGCUUCACUGGCCCAUCGUAGUCUGCCUGCUGGCUGCCUGGACAGUCAUUUGUAUCUGUUACAUACGGGGGAUCAGCACCUCAGGCAAGGCGGUGUACGUCACAGCCAUCCUGCCUUACAUAGUGCUGGCCAUCUUCCUGAUCCGAGGACUGACUCUUAAAGGAGCCUUUACUGGAAUAAAGCACCUCUUUACACCUGAUGUAUGCUAUCAUAAAAAUAAAGACAAUGUUUUAUCUGCUAUUUAUACACAGCGACAUUACAAUGUGUACCUCCCUAUGCAGGUUAAUGAGUUGACAAAUCCAACAACUUGGCUGAACGCAGGUGCCCAAGUGUUUUACGCCUUCAGCUUAGCAUGGGGAGGCCUCAUCUCCUUCUCAAGUUACAACCCUAUUCACAACAACUGUAUGAAAGACGCAAUGAUCCUGACAGCUGUAACUGGCUUCACUUCAGUCUAUGCUGCCACAGUCACCUACACCAUUGUUGGCUUCAGAGCCACCGAGAGAUAUGACAACUGUAUCAGCAAUAACAUCCUGACAUUACUAAAUGCAUUUGAGCUUCCUGAAGACAGCAUCACUACCAGCAACUAUGAGGCAGCCUUUACUUAUUACAACAGCUCCAAUCCGGAUACUGUUCUUGGAUUGGACAUCAAACCCUGUGACAUGCAGAAACUUCUCAGUGAGGGAGUAGAGGGAACAGGUCUGGCCUUCAUUGUGUUUACAGAAGCCAUCACCAAGAUGCCUGGUUCUCCGGUUUGGUCUGUCCUCUUCUUCAUCAUGCUUUUCUGCUUGGGAAUCUCAAGCCUUUUCGGCAACAUUGAGGGAGUUGUUGUCCCACUGAAAGACCUGAAAUUGUUACCCCAAAAAUGGCCACAAGAAGCACUAACUGGAUUAACAUGUUUUAUCGGCUUCAUCCUCUCCCUCCUGUUUGCUCAGCAUUCAGGGCUAUAUUGGGUAACUCUCUUUGACAACUUUGCUGGAUCUGUUCCACUUCUGACUAUUGGAUUGUUUGAGAUGAUAGCUGUUGUUUAUGUCUACGGCAUGGACAGGUUUAAUGAAGACAUAGAGUUCAUGAUUGGUUAUAAGCCCUCCUUCUUCUGGCAGGCUUCACUGAGGUUCAUGAGCCCUCUGAUCGUUGUGGUUAUUUUAGCUUUCUACCUGGUUACUCAAGGCCAAGAAGAGCUCACCUACUUAGUCUGGGAUCCAGAAUCUGAGAAGUUUCCAGCUCUGGCAUCAGUACCUUACCCUUCGUGGAUCAAUGCUGCUAUCUUUCUUUUGGCAGGAGUCCCCAGUCUGGUAAUGCCUGUGUAUGCACUUUGUCGGCUGGUCUAUGUGAGCUGCAAAAACAAAAUAGAAUCCAGGGGAACAAUUGGACAAAUUCCUUAAAUCAAUUACAAAAAAUCUUUAAUGACGAACUCAAAUUCUAGGAUAUAUAAAUCUCCCCUUUUUAAAAAUAUGUUUUUUAUAUAUCCCAUUCUUCUAAAGCUUUGUUUGUCCAUCUGGGCAGGCUACAUUUCAUACUUUUCAAGGAGGUUUUCACACAUCAAACUAUCUCAUAAAGUAGGUGCGGAGAGCGACAAACUAUUUUAUGAUGCAAGCCCUUCUCCCUGCUCUCUGUUGGUCUGCUCUCCUCCAUGCUGGAGGCUCCUGGUUACUUGCCUGCAUUUGCAUAUAAUACAGACAUUGACGUUCACAUUUUUUAAAGUAUGAAAUGUAUUACUUGAAAAGAUAAAUCACAACUUUUCGGUCCCUCUGAACACACUUGACAACGGUUCAGAGGGACUGAAACGUUGUGAUUUUUUAAUAAAUUGGUGAUACUUAUCAAGAGUAGUAUGCAGUAGUAUUUUCUUAUGUAUGUGUAUGAGAUAGUAGUCAGCCACUGUGCCUUUGUGACAAGCUACCAAAGAGCAGAAACAAAGCUACUCAAUACAUACCAACAGUCCAAUUCUUUCUGAUACAUCCUCAUGCAACUCAUAGUCUGAGAGGUUUUUAAAAAUGCAUGGACGAAUCUUCUCCACACCCACUUGGAUGUGCAUUGAUCUUUCACCAGUCAUUCUGACAUUAUUUCUCCAUUUUCCCCUUUAAAAGUUUAUUUUUCAUGUGUUUUUAUAAAUGAUUAAUCUUUGCAGACUUUGCAUAUUUCAAAAUGAACCUGAAUGGGCCCUCAAUUACUACAAAAGAGUGUUUUUUAUUCUGAAGUCCAUACUACUUCUCAGGGAAUGUUUAAUUGAAUUGAUGCACACAUUCCUUUUAUCGAUACUGUGUGUAAUUUCAUUGUUAAACUCUGAUGAAUUCGUUUUGUGUAUUUC